CCUCACCCAGUUUGCAAAUUGGCUGCAACAGCUGGAUAUAAUAUUCGUCCCUCACUAUGCACGUACGAAUAGAGUGUGUCUCUCGAAUUACUAUACUGGUGUAAUACACCUAAAUUUUCAAAACUGAAUUUACAUAGGUAAUAGUGGGUUAAUAUGUCGACCCAAGACAUAAUGCAUUUGGAUGAUUUACUUGAAUCAAUCGAAGAAUUACCAAUAACAGUAAAGGAUAUGCUUGUUAAUAUCAGAGAGCUCGAUUUAGUCGUACAAAAUGCAUUGGAUGAAACGAUGGACGACUCUGAAGCAUUCUUUCGUGGAGCUGAUAACAGUGAACCUAGGCAACGAGAAUCCAUAUUCCAAUCACUGAUGGCAUCUUUUAGGAAAAUUCUUGAGGACGCGGAUGAAAAAGUUAACAUUGUACAAAAACUUGAAAAUAUUGUGGCGAAUAGCCUAAAACAACUUGAUAUUGAAAUAGAGCAAUACAAAAUCCGUUUGGACAAUUAUAAUCCAGGAAUCACUUCUGUGAUCGAAGAAAAAGUAGCUGAAAGUGAAAUUGCAGCCAGAGAGGAAAAUUUAAAAUCUGCGUCAAAGAAAAAGAAGAAAUCGAAGAAAAAGAAAAAGAAAGCUAGAAAAAGUCCGUUAACAUUACCUGAUAUUGACGAAGAGUUGCCAAAAGCGUCAGAUCCAAUUUUUUAUAUUGAACAAGAUAAAGAAAAUGUAGACAUCAACACAACCAUUAUUACACUAAAAGUUGAACCUACCGUCUUACCUAAUGACGGUGCAUUGAUUUACGACCCUGUACGGUACUGUAUUUGUAACCAGGUAGCCUACGGAGAAAUGGUAGCUUGUGACAAUCCGUCGUGCAAAUCUGAAUGGUUUCAUUACAAUUGCGUUAAUUUGAAGGCAGCUCCCGAAGGAAACUGGUACUGCCCAGAGUGUAACGUAUGCGACGCCCAAUACGAAGGUCCGUUGUUGAAUAACUAAAUGGAGUCAAAAGCUUUUGGCACUUAAUUGAUGUUAUACCUGCAAUGGUUCAUUAUGGAAUCUACUUUUCCUCUAACUUUACAUUUUUAUUUGAUAAACUUUUUGAAUUAUCACGUAAAUCUAGAUAUCGAAUGAAUGUACAUCGAAUCAUUUUUGUAUUUAGUGGUGUUUUUAAUACUCAUCUUAGUUCAAAUUGAUCACGAAUUUUUUUAGCCGUCAAAAACUAAAUAUCUACAAUCAACUAUUUAUAAUAUAAUUAAAUAUUUAUUUUUAUACAUCAAAAGACUAAUUAGUUGUAUCAAAGAUUAAUUUUAUUGCAUUUUUCCUGACAACUUCAAAUUCAAGUUCAAAUCUCAAUGUUGGAAUUGCGCAUCCGGAAAAAUGAGAAUUCUCAAUUUUGUUCUUUAUACUGAUGAAAUAUUUUACCUGUAUUAUUUUUCUGAUAAAAUAAUUGAAAUUCAUUGA